ACUCAAAUUCACAGAAUAGAACAUUUUGACCGGCGGCAGUUCUUGGAAGAGUUCUUCUUGAAUACAUAAUCGCGUGGGUCCUCAGCACAAGGCAGGAGCAGAAGCGAAACUCCAACAACUCAAACUCAGUCGGCAGAAUCAAAAGCGACUGGGGCGAAGUUUUGAAGCUACAACCUGCGACUUCUCGACGCUUGGAAGAGCGACGUCGAAGACCAUGUGCAUCGCCUUGUUCCUCUGGCAGGCUCACCCUCUCUACCCAUUCUUCCUCCUGCACAACCGAGACGAAUACUUCAGUCGACCGACGGAACCGGUGGCAUGGUGGGACAAUGGGGAUAUCCUCGGAGGGAGAGAUGGUCUGGCCGGCGGGACGUGGCUGGCUUGUUCGAGGAACUGCAAGAUCGCUUUCGUCACCAACGUCAGGGAAGUCGCCAAAGGCCCCCAGCCCAAGAGCAGAGGAGACUUGCCUGUUCGUUAUUUGGAGAGCAAGAUGAACCCCACCGAGUUUGCAGAAGAGGUUGUGAUGGAGGCACAUCAAUAUAGCGGAUUUAACCUGAUACUAGUGGAUCUAUGUUCCAAAUCCAUGAUCUAUGUGACCAAUAGACCAAAAGAUGACAAGGCUCUUGUCUCAGAGGUUCCUCCUGGGAUCCACAUACUAUCAAAUGCAAGUCUAGACACCCCUUGGCCUAAGGCUGUUCUACUGAGGAGUAACUUCGAGAAGUUUUUGGAGAAAUAUGGCGCUGGUGAACUUCCAGCAGAAGAUAUGGCCGAUAAACUGAUGAGGGACACAACUAAGGCCGACAAAACAACGCCUCCUGGCGUUUAUUCUGUAGAAUUUGAGUAUUUGCUCAGUUCAAUUUUUGUUGAGGCAAACACUGAGCAGGGAUGUUAUGGCACAAGAAGCAUAUCUGCUUUAUCAGUGAAGACAAACGGGGAAGUUUCCUUUUACGAAAAAUACCUCAAGGAAAGUUGGAAGGAGCACAAAGUGAGUUACAUUAUGGAGCAGACUGGUACCAGCUGAAUAUUUCCUCCCUUCGCUUUGCUGUGUCUGCGAUUAUCGUAAGUCAUUUUCGUUUUCAAUACUCAUGAUGAAGCCUGAUAGAAAGAAGUUAGAUUUCACAACAAUGUACAACAAAAUGUUAUCCCCACAACUGGGCAAUGCUGUUGUAGGCAACUCUAACGAAUGAAAUUGAAGUACAAGAAAAGACUGUGCUCGAGCUUUUCCAU